GCUAGUUUGGUCUAGUAAAAAUGGCGAACCUCAUGUAGGGGUCGAAUACAACUACCUGUCACAUUUCCUUCACUUUCAGUGAAUUUAUUUUCUACCUUGUUAGCUCUCCUGUGAGCCAUGUUCACAAACAUAGCUCUGCGGUCCGUCCUGAAAUCCUCAACUGGUGUUUUGCGAGAGCUGUCCUCUGCUACGCCAGUGAAACCGUGGACAUGCAACUCGGCUUUAUUAACGGGACCGAGAGUCAGCUGCGUUCCAGGGAGCUUUGCCAUUCCACUAGCAGUGAGACAUUAUGCUCGGGGUGCAAAGAAAAAGAAGACAGGCCCUCCAAGCCAGCUCAGCGAUCUUCCUCCAACAAUGCUGAGGAUGGAUUAUGCGGCUGUACCCCUCGCUCAAACGACUGAUGAUCUUGUCAAAAGACUUCUUUCAUUGGAGUUAGCGUGUCAUAGUGACAAGCUACAGCUGAAAAAGGAGCAACUGGUUGCAAAAGUCCAGAGGGAUGAGAAUGACCGAGACUCCGUGGAAGUCCGGGUGGCUAGUUUGACAGCAAGAAUCCGAAACUAUCAGGAGCACUUGCAGAAACAUCACAAGGACAAAGCUAACAAGAGGCGGAUGCUCAUGGCCAUUGACCGAAGAAAAAAGCUUUUGAAACACCUUAGGUUGGUUCGCUAUGAUGCCUUUGAGAGAGUGUGUGAGCAGCUGGGCAUCACUUACACUUUCCCCCCAGAGUACUACAGACGGGCCACCCGUCGCUGGGUGGCCAAGAAGGCGCUCUGCAUUAAGGUCUUCAAAGAGGUGCAGAAGCAGAAAGCAGAGAAGAGACUACAGAUGAAGCAAAGUAUAGCCUCCACGGGGACAGAGGCAGCCAAGGCCCAAUAAAAGACAACAUAUACUGUAUAUUACAACGCUUGAUUCUACAUGUUUGUCUUGACCAGUGUCUUUACUUUUACACCUUUAGAUGUGGUAAUGCGGCAUUCUGAUAACCAACUCCCUUUUUUCACAUGGUACCAUCAUAAAAUAUUAUUUGUUUUUGCUUUCAGGUUGAUGUCAGAGUUGUCUGAAAAUGUCAGAAUUAAAUUGAAUAAAGUGACCUAGAAAGUGAUGUUAAAAUGAGCUUUGAAAUUUUGUUUGUGCUGAAAUAUAUUGCCAUCAAUUAAAGAUGUAUC